AUGAACAACCUAGCUUCUGUCGUUACAGACUAUCCAGUAGAUCAGUUUCCUGAAGUCGCGUUCACCAGCACCCAAGCCUUCCUUCAUUACCGUGCAGACGAGAAUUUGAUCCAUCUUCAAGUACAGGGGAACCUUGUACACAGUCGUCAGGAUGCAGAGAGAUGCUUCAUUGCACGCCACAAGUUCAAACAGCUGAUUGAGCGAUAUUACCCUCCGUCCGAGGCCGAUGACGGCCCAUUCAUACCGUAUUGCCAAGACUUCCGUCCCAAAAACAUGCUCGCCAGAUAUGAUGACGGAUCACUGAAGAUCGUGGCGGUUCUAGAUUUCGAGUUCGUCAAUACUAUGCCCGCUCCGUUCGCUUACGACCCACCAUGGUGGCUUGCCAUGGUCAGUCCUGGCCUUAUGCUUGAGCGAUUCGCUAUGGAGGACUUCGAAGCCUUGUACGUGCCACGCUUAGAGCAAUUCCUCCGAGCCAUGGCGAGGGUUGAGGCAAAACAGAUAGAGGGACACUCGAGAGAGAUAGUCUCUCUCGCUCAUCGCAUGCGAGACUCUUGGACGUCAAAGAGGUUCUGGUUCAACUACGGUAUCAGGAAAGGCUGGGAUGUUGACGUGGUAUAUUGGAGCGCUCUCCAUGAACCGGGAGAUGAAAAGCUCAGCGAGAACUUGGAAGAGGAGAUGAGUUCUAUCGUUGAAAAGAAGAUGGAGCAAUUGGCGACAUACGAAGCCGAGUGUGAGGCGCGCGGAAUCUUGUCAGGCAAUUGA